AUUACUUAAUGAUUAAAAAUAAAUCAGAAAUUAAAACCUUUGAGUUAGGCGAUUAUCCCCAAAUCUCUACAAUUACUUACCAAGAAAAAAAAAAUAAUAUAAUUCAACGAUCAUUUAAUUAUUUUAUAGAAGCUGAGGGAUUUUAUCCCUAUUAUCCUGAACUUCGCUAUACUUUGCCUCCUAAAAAGUAUCCAAUCCCUAAUGAUUAUUCCGUAAAAACCACUUGGGGGCGUGCUGAAAAUCGGCAAACAGUCCAGUGCAAGAUCAAGUACAAAAACGGACAACCAGAAUUUCAAAUUUUAUAUGGCGCCUUUUUUGAAUUCGAAGUUAAAUCAAAUACAUCAGUCAGCAAAGCUGUAGAAAAUUAUGAGAAGGCCAUAACUAGAAAUUCAAACAAAAAAGGUUCUUUAUCUGGGCCUUUACUAUUCGGAUUACAACUUCAAAAACUUAGAACCGUUAGAGAACUUCGAGCUAGACAACAUAUCAAACCUGCGGAGCAAUAUUCUCAGAAAACUCUUAUAAGGCAUGCAAAAGAAUUCGCAACAAUACUUAAACAAGAAUUUAUUCGAACUAGUGAGCUUAUAUAUAACACACAAGACUCUGUUUCAUUAAAAUCACUCGAAUAUACCAUUAAUAAUCAAAAUUAUUAUUUUAAUAUUGGAGAUAAAAAUCCUCUACAACAAAAAGCAGAGAUCUUAAAUAUAAUUAAAGUAAUGGAUUCCAGUUAUAUUUCACGAGAUGCAUAUAGGGACUUAGCUGCAAUAAAUUUUCACUUACCACGUGAAUAUAUUAUUGCAAAUGAACGAAAUAAUUUAACCCAGGAGAUAAUCAAUAAGAUUCAGAUUAAUCUUAUAAAUAUGAAUAAGGCAAUAAACAAUCCUAAUUUGGAAGAAGAACCUAAUCAUAUCGAUAUAAUUCCUGAUAAUAUCGAUACUGAUACUAUUAACGUUAAUGAAAUCAGUAGAUCUGAAUAUAUAGGUGGACAACGUGACUUUAAAGAAAUCCUUCGAUACAUAAUUCCGUAUUUGAUGCAGGAAAAUGUUUUGUCAGCUAAUAAUCCAACAAUUCAUAUACGAAUUUCUGGUGAUGGUCGGAAUGUAGUAGAAAAGUAUGAGUUACUUGAAAUUAUAUUAAAUCCAUUUUUUAAUGAUCUUAAAGAUCUUAAAAAUAAUGGAUUAAACGUUGCAGAUAUUCUUUGGAAUUUUGAAUUUUAUUUUAGCAGCGACUGGAAAUUUCUCUCUAUUUGUCUCGGAUUAAAAGCUGCGAAUUCAAAAUAUUUUUGCGCAUGGUGUUCUUGCUCUAAAGAUAAAAUUGGUGAUGCUACGCAAGAUUGGCGAAUUACAAAAUCAAUAAAUGAUUUGAAAAACAACUAUUCAAAUACUCCAGGCCAUAUUAAAGCACCGUU